AUGGAUGCCAGGAAAGCCCAUAAAGCCUCCUCUUCAUCCUCACCAUCCUCCUCCUCAUCAAAACGUUGGAAGUACCAAGUGUUCUUGAGCUUCAGAGGUGAAGACACACGCAAGGGCUUCACAGGCCACCUCCACGCCGCAUUAGCUGAUACCGGAAUCAGUGUUUUUCUUGACGACAACCAGCUAGAAAAAGCGGAGUUUAUAAAAACCCAACUGGAGCAGGCAAUCGACGAGUCCAUGAUCUCCAUAAUUGUCUUCUCCAAGAGUUAUGCCGAUUCCAGUUGGUGUCUUGACGAGCUGGUGAAGAUCAUGGAGUGUAGAGAAAGAUUGGGGCACCAGGUUAUUCCAUUGUUCUACAAUGUUGAUCCCUCAGAUGUCCGGAAACAGACUGGUAGUUUUGCACAAGCAUUUGAGAAACAUGAAGCGGGCAUCUGUGAAGGUAAACAUGAGAAAGAAAAGGUACAGCGGUGGAGAAAUGCUCUCACUCAAGCUGCAGAUUUGUGUGGGGAAGAUCUUAAAAAUUUUGACAGUGGGCAUGAAGCAAAGUUUAUCAAGAAAAUUCUUGGGGAGGUUAAUAAGCAGUUGUACAGCAAAUACCAAUUAGACAUCGAACACCUUGUUGGAAUUACUUCUCGGGUGAACAAUGUUGUUCGCAUGAUUGAUAUUGAAAAUUCAGGUUCUAAGGAUGUUGUUCGCAUGAUUGGUAUUUGGGGGAUGGGCGGCAUUGGGAAAACAACGCUUGCCAAAGCCAUUUAUAACAAAUUUGAAGGUAGCUUUGAAGGUAGGAGUUUCCUUGCAAAUGUGAGGGAAGUAAUUGCAAACCAACCCAUUACUGGUGUGGUUGGUUUGCAAGAAAAACUUCUAAAUGAUAUCUUGAAAAGCAAGGACCCCAUAAAGGUUGAUUCUGUUGAUGUAGGGAUCACUGUGAUACAAGAAAGACUUCACUGUAAAAGAGCACUUGUCAUAAUUGACGAUGUAGAUGAAGUACAGAAGCUAAAAGCAAUAGCUAGAAAACGUGAUUGGUUUGGUCCUGGAAGUAGAAUUAUUAUAACAACAAGAGAUAAACAUUUGCUAGAGCAAAUUGGAGUGGAUGGCACAUAUAUGGCUGAAGAAAUGGAUGAAAAAGAAGCUCUAGAGCUCUUUAGUUGGCAUGCCUUCGAAAGUGGUUAUCCUAAUCAAGAAUAUCUUGACCUCUCAAAACGUGUAUUUCGUUACUGUCGAGGCUUGCCACUAGCACUUCGAGUUGUUGGGUCUUUUCUGAUUAAAAGAUCCAUAGCGGAAUGGGAAAGCCAUUUGGAGAAAUUGGAAAGAAGUCCUGAUGGAGAUAUUCAAAAAAUACUCAGAAUAAGCUUUGACGGGCUACCUGAUCAUACAAAGAGAGAGAUAUUCCUUGAUAUAUCUUGUUUCUUUAUAGGAAUGGACAAGGACUAUGUAACACAAAUAUUAGACGGAUGUGGCUUUUCUGCAACGAUAGGAAUCAGUGUCCUCAUUGAACGGUGCCUUGUAACUGUUAGUGAGGGAAACGAGCUGAUGAUGCAUGAUUUGCUUCAAGACAUGGGAAGAGAGAUCAUUCGUGAAAAUGCCCGCGGUCACCCUGAAAAAUUUAGUAGAUUGUGGAAACGUGAAGACGUAACAAAUGUAUUGAGCGAUGAAUCUGGAACUGAAGAAAUUGAAGGAGUUGCUCUAGAUUUGGAUCUAAAUUUGGAUCUAGAUUUGACUAGAUUCAGUGCACAAGCAUUUACCAACAUGAAAAAACUGAGGUUACUCGACCUCAGCAAUGGAGAGCUCACUGGAGAGUUCAAAGAUUUUCCCAAAAAUUUAAUGUGGUUGAGCUGGCAUUAUUUUCCUUUAGAGUCCAUGCCAGAUGACUUUCCUAUGCAACCAAAACUAGUUGCUUUAGACCUGCAGUGGAGCAAACUCAAAAUAGUUUGGAAGGAUUGCAAGUUGCAUCAGAAUUUGAAAAUCCUUAAUCUCAGUUAUUCUUAUGAGCUAACAAAAUCACCAGACUUUUCAAAACUCCCAAAUCUCGAGGAAUUGAUAUUGGAAGACUGUGAGAGUUUGUCUGAGGUUCACUCAUCCAUUGGGGAUCUUGGAAGACUUUCUUUGGUAAAUCUUGAAUACUGCAGAAUGCUAAGGGAUCUCCCGCUGAAUUUCUAUAAAUCCAAGUCUAUUGAAACUCUUCUGCUCAAUGGUUGUACAAGUUUUGAAAAGUUGGCUGAUGGCUUAGGGGACAUGGUAUCAUUGACAACUCUGAAAGCGGAUGAGACAGCCAUAAGACAAAUACCAUCUUCCAUAAUAAAAUUGAAGAAACUGAAAGUUGUAUCUUUAUGUUAUGUGGAAGGGUCGCCAUCAACAAAUCUUUUGCCUCCUUCGUUGCAAAGUUUAAGCUCUUUAAGAGAAUUAGCUCUUGCAUGCUGGAGUUUAACUGAUGAUGCAUUCCCCAAGGAUCUCAGUAGCCUAAUUUCCUUAGUACAUUUAUAUCUUGACGGCAAUGACUUUUGCAGCCUACCAAGCCUCAGUCGUCUUUCAAAGCUUCAUGAUUUGUCUUUAAAUAAGUGCAAAAAUCUUCGUGCAAUCCCAGAUUUACCAACAAAUUUGGAAGUCUUACGAGCAGAUGGCUGCAUUGCAUUGGAAAAAAUGCCAGAUUUUUCAGAAAUGUCAAAUAUAAGAGAAUUGUAUCUAAGAGAUUUGGGCAAAAUCACUGAGAUUCCAGGCCUGGAUAAGUCGUUAAACUCCAUGACAAUGAUUCAUAUGGGAAAUUGCACUAAUCUCACUGCCGAUUUUAGGAAGAACAUCCGACAGGGAUGGACUUCUUGCGGAUAUGGUGGCAUUUUUCUCAGUGGAAAUGAUAUUCCUGAUUGGUUCCAUUAUGUCCAUGAUGAUGAUAUUGUGUAUUUCGCGGUGCCUCAAAGUGUUGGUCGUAAUUUGAAAGGGAUAACUUUGUCCUUCGUUUUCUCUUCAGGCUUCAGCGGUUAUCGUAUUAGCAUUAAAAACUUGACCGAGGGUACUGAGUUUGAUGCCAGGAUCAUGCCCUACAAUCUAAGUUAUGGUAAUGGUUAUCUUUGGCAGGGACAGUUAUCAAAUGACGAGCUCAAAUUGCAAGACGGUGAUAAAGUCUUGAUUGAAAUAAUAACCGAAUAUGAUUUGAAGGAGGUGAAGGUGGAGGUGAAGAAAACAGGUGUUAGUUUGGUAUGGGACAAAUUUAUGAACGAAAAUAUGAUUGAUUACCAUCUUUGUGCGUAUGAACGACGCCCAUAUCAGGUCAAUGAUGAUGACAUCAUUCAUGUUGAAGAUGAUCAUGACAUGACAAAAUCACCAGACUUUUCAAAAUUCCCAAAUCUUGAAAAGUUGAUAUUGAAAGGUUGUAAGCGCUUGUAUAAGGUUCACUUAUCCAUCGGGCAUCUUGAAAGACUUUCUUUGGUAAAUCUUGAAGGCUGCGAAAUGCUAAGGGAUCUCCCACUGAAUUUCUAUAAAUCCAAGUCUAUUGAAACUCUUAUACUGAAUGGUUGUUGGAGAUUUCGAAACUUGGCUGAUGGCUUAGGGGACAUGGUAUCAUUGACAAUAUUGAAAGCAGAUAACACAGCCAUCAGAAAAAUUCCAAGUCUCGCUGGUCUUUCAAAGCUCAAGGUCUUGUGUUUAAAUGCAUGCAGAAAACUUCUUGCAAUCCCAGAUUUACCAACCAAUUUGUAUGUUCUGAAAGCAAAUGACUGCCCAAAAUUGGAAACAAUUCCAGAUUUUUCAAAAAUGUUGAACAUGAGAGAAUUGUAUCUCAGUGAUUCGUUCAAACUCACCGAGGUUCCAGGCUUGGAUAAGUCAUUAAACUCCAUCACAAGGAUUCAUAUGGAAGGCUGCACCAAUCUGACUGCCGAUUUUAGGAACAGCAUCCUACAGGGAUGGACUUCUUGCGGAUAUGGUGGCAUUUUUCUCAGUGGAAAUGAUAUUCCUGAUUGGUUCCAUUAUGUCCAUGACGAUGAUAUUGUGUAUUUUGUGGUGCCUCAAAGUGUUGGUCGUAAUUUGAAAGGGUUAACUUUGUCCUUCGUUUUCUCUUCAGGCUUCAGCAGUUAUUGUAUUAGCAUUAAAAACAUGACCGAGGGUACUGAGUUUGACGCCAGGAUCAUGCCCUACAGUCUAAGUUAUGGUACUGAUUAUCUUUGGCAGGGACAGUUAUCAAAUGACAAGCUCAAAUUGCAAGACGGUGAUAAAGUCUUGAUUGAAAUAAUUGAGAAAUAUAAUGCGGUGAAGGUGAAGAAAACAGGUGUUAGUCUGGUAUGGGACAAAUUUAUGAACGAAAAUAUGAUUGAUUACCAUCUUUGUGCGUAUGAAUGA